AUGACAUACUUCCUCACUAUUCGCCGUUCAAUUCUCUCGGCUGCCACAGCCCGCGGCGCAGUCCGCCCGCUCUCCACAACACGAGUCCUGCGCCAACCGAGCGACGAUGGCAAACCCAUGCCUUUCUCAGACUCCCCGGCUCCCCCACGCCUUCCCAAGGAGGAACAAGAGAUUUUCGAGCAACUCCAGAAGCGCUCAACUGGCGCCUUCAGUACACCUCAAGUGAACCAAUCUCCACAGGCCGAAAUCCAGGCAGACGGCAGUGGUGGCGAGCUUCAUCCCGAUGCGCCAAAGGGACUGCAGCCUGAGUUCGAGGGCGAGACGAACCCUAAGACUGGUGAAGUGGGUGGACCAAAGAACGAGCCUCUGCGAUGGGGUGCGGGUAGUGAUUGGAGCUAUGGUGGUCGCGUCACUGAUUUCUGA